AUGAUGGCAGUCAAUUGGUUUCGAGCAUUCUGUGUUAUUACAGUGGCCAUAAUCAUGUCUCCGAGAGGUAAGCAGUGCUCCAACUUCAUACUAAUUGGAAUACGUUACUAGAAGUUAGGGCCUUUUGUUUUUGGUAGUUCUUCCCCUUCUUUUUUUCCCUUUUCAACAUGGUUAUUUAUCAAAGUAGACAUGAUCAUAUCUCCAAAGGAUAAGUUGCUCAAACGUUAAACCAUUUUACGUAUCCAAGGGGGUAGCGAAUGCAUAGUACCUCAAAAAACGUGGAUCUCGGAAAAUUAUGGCCCGAUCUUAAGAAUCUCGGAAGCAUUUUUGAUGGUUCUCGAGCGCGAUUUCUCGUUUUCGAUUGAUAUUUUGAGUCUCAAGUCUCAAAGUGUUUUGCUAAAGGCAGCUAGGAGGGAGUCUAGUUUUCAAAUUUCAAGGGCACAACUUAUCAAACUGAGAGAAGAUAAAAGAUCAUAGAAGACAGUGUCGCACAAUCCCCUCGGGCCCGGAGGGGUACUCCCUUAUAUAAGCCAUGUAGGUAUGUGCCGCCCUUAAGGGUGGGGUAUUGGGGCCUUUUUGGUCUGAAAACGUGUGUACACUUCGCCCAUUUUGGUCUGGAAUCGGGUAUGGUUUUCGAGGGAACUACGGGAGCGUAUGAACGUAUUUAUCGUUCCAAGUCGAAAUGAAUUAGAAAGAAAUAGAAAUAGACGAAUUCGAAAUGCAUUUGAAGAAAUUUUUUUUGUUUGCGCUCUAAUCUAAGUAAUUAUGACAUAAUUUCUGCCUAAAGGCCGGGUCUGAAAACGGGUCUGAAAAAAUGACUUUUUUUGGUCUGAAGUAGGAUCAGGAUUUGGAGAACCGUGCUGCACCCCCCCAAAAAAAUUUCCCAGGAGUACUCCCCCCCCGGGGGCGCACAAACCGCAUCUUGGGUUAAAUUUGCUCGCGGCCGCUCUAGUUCAUGUCACUUCUUUUUCUUGAGACUGGUCCUCGAGCUCGGAUUUUCUUAAAUCGCCGGGAAGUCUCGGGCUCAGGAUUUUUAAAAGGACAGGCAAGGAUCUCGGUGAAUCUUGGAUUUUAUCUCGCCACCCUAAUUAGAAGUUCAGGCCUUUUGUUCUUGGUAGUUCUUCUCUUCAUUUUUGCAGUUAGCAUGUCAGUCCUUAUCGACUGCAAUCAUAUAAACAACAGUGAUAACUCAGUGACACUGCUGUCACUGGACCCACUGCGUCCCCUUUUCUAGAGAGCAAACAUGUUUGUGGUGGUUUUCAAAACAAAAAAGCGUUGUUUAUCUGAUCAUAGAAGGGGUAUCAAAUGCCGAUCAAAUGGUACCUUGAUUGAAAUUUUAACGCUCACACAAAAUUUGUCCUUUGCUGCUCGAUGUAGCUCAAUAGAUGGAUUUGUGAUUCGCGAAUUCACUAUUUUCAUCAUUCGCCAGAACAGUUAACAGACACUUACCGAUCAACACGCUAAACUUCAAGUGGUGACCAUUUAUUUAUCACAGAGUUCUUUUCAACCGCUUUAGGUUGUUUGUUCCACUGCAAGCGAGGAUCAUAUCCACUUUCAUAAGAGGAAAGAUUGUUUCGCAGUUAGUUACGCUAUUUUAUUGUCACUGUUAUAUCAUAAAAUUUCAAUUGACAGCAUUAUAAUUAAAGUGAGGUGGUUGCAUUUUGAAAUUGAUUCCAGUUUUAAGAAUAACGCCAAUUUUUCUUUUUGUUUUAAAAAUGCAACUUCCUCAUGUAGACAUAAUAAUGGUUGAAAUUACAGCCCUGACUUAUAAAAAAUGGAAACUAUUUUUCUAGUUGUUUCUGCAAUAGAUUCAUAAUUUAAUAUGUUAUGAUGAACCACUACCCUUACUCGCAGCACUCAGCUUACAAUUUGUAACCUCUAUUUUUUUUGUAUUUACUUCAAACCUUUUUCAGUCAAUUGUCUGAGUUGUUACACUUGUACAAGCGACGAUUCCUGGGCGGACUGUAACUCGAAGAUGACUAAAACAGGAUGCCCAUCGGGAACACCGAAUUGCGCCAAAAGCUUACUGACGUGCUCUGCUGGUGGAGUCACCAAAACGUUUUUCUACAAGAGAUGUGGAACCCAAGGCAAGGACUGUCAGCCCACAGCUGCACACCUCCCCACUUGUCCUAUUUCGAUGUCCGGAUUUGGUUUCAGCUCUAAUGACAAGUGUUGUACUGGAAACAACUGCAACUCAGGUCAACUGAAUAAGAUCAGCGGCUUAUUAACAGGAAUUUCUAUUUUUCUGGCAUUCUGGGGUCUUUUUACCUUUUAA